GUGCACAUAACCUGCUUCACAUGUGCUUUAGGGCUGUGUAAAUCAGUCCCUCCCACGUUUAUUCAGUGGUGCCCUCCCUGAACUCGCCUAAACUGCCAGACUAUGAGGCCUGCUACUAUGUACAUGUGUUCAAAAGUUAGUCCUUGGUUAUUACUGCAGUCUGUGGUAUAGGAAUGUCUGCCUCCCACAUGCGCAGACAAGUGGGGCACUACCAUUUGGCUACUUGACAGGGCUAUUUAGCAGGUGCACAUGUCUGAACAUUCCUGAAUCAGGAGGGGGUAGCUCUGGAUUUCAGAGAGCUGUAAGCAGGCCACAGCUGGAGUGACGCAAGAGCCAGGGGCAUCAACUUGAGCUCUGAAUUUGCAGUAUGAAAUGAAAGGAACCCAAGUCCGUGUGUAUGUGUGUGGAAAACACUGCAGGUCGAGGUACUUUUCCAGGUACUUCGCCCUUUGUGGGGUUGCAGCCCCGACGCCCUGGAAUCUGGACUGGACCCAGAAAGGAAGCCGGUUUGGUUCAUGCUGAGGACACAGGGGGCACCUUGCCUUUCUGGCUCGGUGGCAAAGCGGGCAAAUCCAGACAGAACCUUUGACUUGGUGUUGAAAGUGAAAUGUCAUGCCUCUGAAAAUGAAGAUCCUGUGGUAUUGUGGAAAUUCCCAGAGGACUUUGGAGACCAGGAAAUACUACAGAGUGUGCCAAAGUUCUGUUUUCCCUUUGACGUUGAAAGGGUGUCUCAGAAUCAAGUUGGACAGCACUUUACCUUUGUACUGACAGACAUUGAAAGUAAACAGAGAUUUGGAUUCUGCAGACUGACGUCAGGAGGCACAAUUUGUUUAUGCAUCCUUAGUUACCUUCCCUGGUUUGAAGUGUAUUACAAGCUUCUAAAUACUCUUGCAGAUUACUUGGCUAAGGAACUGGAAAAUGAUUUGAAUGAAACUCUCAGAUCACUGUAUAACCACCCAGUACCAAAGGCAAAUACUCCUGUAAAUUUGAGUGUGAACCAAGAGAUAUUUAUUGCCUGUGAGCAAGUUCUGAAAGAUCAGCCUGCUCUAGUACCGCAUUCCUACUUCAUUGCCCCUGAUGUAACUGGACUCCCAACAAUACCCGAGAGUAGAAAUCUUACAGAAUAUUUUGUUGCUGUGGAUGUGAACAACAUGCUGCAGCUGUAUGCCAGUAUGCUGCAUGAAAGGCGCAUCAUGAUUAUCUCGAGCAAAUUAAGCACUUUAACUGCCUGUAUCCAUGGAUCAGCUGCUCUUCUAUACCCAAUGUAUUGGCAACACAUAUACAUCCCAGUGCUUCCUCCACACCUGCUGGACUACUGCUGUGCCCCAAUGCCAUACCUGAUUGGAAUACACUCCAGCCUCAUAGAGAGAGUGAAAAACAAAUCAUUGGAAGAUGUUGUUAUGUUAAAUGUUGAUACAAACACAUUAGAGUCACCAUUUAGUGACUUGAACAACCUACCAAGUGAUGUGGUCUCGGCCUUGAAAAAUAAACUGAAGAAGCAGUCUACAGCUACGGGUGAUGGAGUAGCUAGGGCCUUUCUUAGAGCACAGGCUGCUUUGUUUGGAUCCUACAGAGAUGCACUGAGAUACAAACCUGGUGAGCCCAUCACUUUCUGUGAGGAGAGUUUUGUAAAGCACCGCUCAAGCGUGAUGAAACAGUUCCUGGAAACUGCCAUUAACCUCCAGCUUUUUAAGCAGUUUAUCGAUGGUCGACUGGCAAAACUAAAUGCAGGAAGGGGUUUCUCUGAUGUAUUUGAAGAAGAGAUCACUUCAGGUGGCUUUUGUGGAGGGAACCCGAGGUCAUAUCAACAAUGGGUGCAUACAGUCAAGAAAGGAGGUGCACUGUUCAACACAGCAAUGACCAAAGCAACCCCUGCUGUACGGACAGCAUAUAAAUUUGCAAAAAAUCAUGCAAAGCUGGGACUAAAGGAAGUGAAGAGUAAACUAAAACACAAGGAAAAUGAAGAAGAUUAUGGGACCUGUUCUAGUUCUGUACAAUAUACACCAGUUUACAAAUUACACAAUGAAAAGGGAGGAAACUCAGAAAAGCGUAAGCUUGCUCAGGCACGCUUAAAAAGGCCUCUUAAGAGCCUUGAUGGUGCUCUAUAUGAUGAUGAAGAUGAUGAUGACAUUGAAAGAGCAAGCAAGUUAUCUUCUGAAGAUGGUGAAGAAGCUUCUGCUUAUCUCUAUGAGAGUGAUGACUCUGUUGAAACAAGAGUGAAGACUCCUUACUCAGGUGAAAUGGACUUACUAGGAGAGAUUCUUGAUACAUUGAGCACACACAGCUCAGAUCAGGGGAAGCUGGCAGCUGCAAAGAGCUUGGAUUUCUUUAGAUCAAUGGAUGACAUUGAUUACAAACCUACGAAUAAAUCUAAUGCUCCUAGUGAGAAUAACCUGGCUUUCCUCUGUGGUGGUUCUGGUGACCAAGCAGAGUGGAAUCUUGGGCAAGACGAUAGUGCCCUCCAUGGCAAACACCUCCCUCCAUCUCCUAGGAAGCCGGUUUCCUCUAGUGGUUUGACAGAUUCUCUGUUUAUCCUGAAAGAGGAAAACAGUGACAAGCACCUCGGUGCUGACAAUGUGAGUGACCCUACUUCAGGACUGGAUUUCCAACUCACUUCCCCUGAAGUUUCCCAGACUGAUAAAGGAAAAACAGAAAAGAGGGAAACACUAAGCCAGAUUUCAGAUGAUCUGCUUAUACCCGGUCUUGGGCGGCAUUCAUCGACUUUUGUUCCUUGGGAGAAAGAAGGGAAAGAAGCCAAAGAGACUUCAGAAGAUAUUGGACUGCUCCAUGAAGUAGUGUCAUUAUGUCAUAUGACAUCUGACUUCCAACAAAGCUUGAACAUUUCAGACAAAAACACAAAUGGAAACCAAACUUAAAUCUUGCAUCCAAGCUUCUAUGGAGACAUUUUGAGAUUCAAUGCAAUCUGUAUAAUAAACAGAAUUAUUUGUAGGAAUGGUAA